CCGAGCGGUUUGCCGUAGGGAGACGGAGGUGCGGUGCAAGGCUUUUGGGCGCGGUUCGACUUGAGCGCGACUCACGUCCCGAGCCGGCCACUUGCAGGGCCCGCGUCAUGGAGCCGGAACAGCUGCUGGAGGGACAGACGCCGGGUUCAGAAAAUCCUCACUCCGAGUAUGGCCUCACGGAAAACGUCGAGCGAAUAGUGGAAAAUGAGAAGAUUAAUGCAGAAAAGUCAUCAAAACAGAAGGUGGACCUUCAAUCAUUGCCAACUCGUGCCUACUUGGAUCAGACAGUUGUACCCAUUUUAUUACAGGGACUUGCCGUGCUUGCAAAAGAAAGACCUCCAAAUCCCAUUGAAUUUCUAGCAUCGUAUCUUUUAAAAAACAAGUCACAGUUUGAGGAUCGAAACUAAUUUCGGGAAAAGAAUAAAAUAAUUUGGUUGUUACUGUA